AUGAUGAUUGAUGCUGACAACGGUGUCAUAAACCCUAACAGGUUUAUUGAGGAAUUUAUUCUGGAAGACAAAGAUCUUAUAUUUUACGACAGAAUUUACGACAACGAAGUUGCUGCUGGAAGCUACAUCGCUAAGCAAUGGGCAGAUAUGGAUGACCGGCCUCUCCCUAAACUUGGAGACACUGAUAACAUAGCAAUACAUACUAUUUUGCUUUAUACGACGAAUAUAAAUCCGGAUCAAUGCGGAGGAUUAUGGUGGAAUGCAAAAAACUUCACCGAUAUUUUCGCAUAUAUUGCUUGCAUUAGGAUUCUGUUGGGGAAGGAUUUGUCCUGGAAAAAAAGAAUUGCGAUAUUACCAAAAAGAACUGCUUGGGUGAGGGAUAGUUGGCUAACAGACUCCAAAUGGUGUGAAAAUGACUUCAUUAUUCACGGAUGGAAACAAAGCUACAUGAAUAAGGAACGUCUUUAUAGACGCAAAAAGUGGACCUGUCCAUUUGUUUCAGCUGCAGUUAAUCUGUCUCUCUGUACUCAAGAAUCGUACGUUUUGAACUGGCCAUACAGAGCUGACUUAAAGAAAAAGUGCUCUGUGAUUGACAAACACUUACAUUCAGAAGUUACAGCUGCAGUUUCGCAAAUUUUGGUAUAUGAUAAAUUGGCAUUGUCUUAUCUCAAUAAAAAUCCCAGUGUGAAUUCUUCUAGUACUCAGUAGUC